GUGUACGAACCCGCCGAGGACAGCUUCCUGCUCGUCGAUACCCUCGUCGCCGAAUGGGACGCCCGUCUCGCGAACGACCCGCCGAGAUGCGCGCUCGAGGUGGGCAGCGGUACCGGCUACGUCAUCGCGUCGGCCGCCGUGCUCAUGCGCGAUUCCGGGUUGGACGAUUUCCGGUGCCACGCCACGGACGUCAACCCGGACGCGGUGGCGUGCACUAGGGCGACGGCCGACGCGCACGGCGUGGGAGACUACGUGACCGUCAUCCAGUGCGAUCUGCUCGGCCCGCUGAGGGAACGCCUGCGCGGGAAGGUGGACCUGUUGCUGUUCAAUCCGCCUUACGUGCUGACCCCGUCGGAGGAGGUGGCGGCGGGGGGGAUAGCCGCGGCGUGGGCGGGAGGGAAGGACGGGCGGGAGGUCCUCGACAGGCUCCUGCCGGACGUCGCCGACGUGCUGGCGCCGGGGGGAACGUUCUUAUUGCUGCUGCUUCACGAUAACAAGCCGCACGACGUCGCCGAGAUACUC